UAAUUGUUGCCUAAGUGAAAGUCGAAUUUUUUAGGUUCCCGGUUUAUGGGCUGUGAAAAUAAAUAAAUUGUUAUGGUUAGAUCCAAAUAUGAGCCCAAAAUUCUACCCAUAGCCACAAAUAGCGUCAAAAAUUUUGUGGCAAUUAAAAAUAUACAGAGAACCCUAAAUUUUCUCUCUUAUGUUACUUUCUCUUCACUUCACCCAUUUUUCGAUGUUUUCUUUACUUCGCCGAUAUCACUCUCUCGAGGAGUCCCAAAGGUUUGGCCACAGUUCAUUUUUAAUUUCUUGGUUGUUCCUUAAUCUCUUUUUCAUCCUCUAAUCCCGUAGGUUUCUCACCGUCACCGUUAGUUCUCCAUCUCACAAUGGUCCUUAAUCUCUGAAUUUCGAUCUCUUUCUCUGAAUAUAAGGUUGACUAUGAGUUUAAUCUUCUCAGUCUACUCAUAGAUGCUUGGGAUAAUGAGCAAAACCGUGACAUCAUCCUUGAUUCAUCAUAGUUGUCUUCGUUUUUGAGAUCUAUCUCCAAAUACGUGUGUCUAAGAUGUUAUCUUCGUUUUCUUGAAGAGGUGAUGAGGGAGAGAACUUCAAAGGAAAGAGAUUUAGGGAUCUUUAACAUGUAGUGAGAGGAUUGAAGAUAAAAAGAGAAGAAACAAACACAAUCGAAAGAGGGAUAGAGGACGCGGCGCAAAUCAUGUUCUCUGCAGCGUUUUUCCCUGAGGUCCUCGCCUUAUCAAUUGCUAUUGCUGGAACUUGGCCGCCGAUCAAUCAAUCGCCAAACAAGAGCUUUAAUUAUUUAACAAACAAAUAUCCUUUUAAUUAAUUUAUUUGAUAUAAUUUGUUUUUUUUUUGGGGGAAUAGCCAUGAAAAACCACAACAUAAAAGUGGCAACAGGCUACGAUAUAUUUGGUCCAUAUAUUUGUUGCAAAUUCAUAGCUAUAAAAGUUACAAAUUUGGUCGUGUAAUUUUGUGGCUAAUAUCCACAAUUUUUUUGUCGUGGUUAGUUUGUGGCAACAAGGCCACAAAUAGCUAAGAAAAAAAUAGCUACAAGCUCAUAGACACUAAAUUUUUUUGUGGCUUUCCCAGGCUAUAGCCCAAAUAGCCACGGAAUAUGAGAGAUAGAUACUAAAAAUUUUGUGGCUUUGGAAAGAUUUUCUUGUAGUGAUAUACAUGUGUAUGUUAAAAAUGUAUAUAUAUACACAUAUUCAUGUAAGGAGAAUAAAAUAAAAUAACAAAAAUGGGGAAAAUUCUAACAUGUCUCCUUUUCUUAAUUUUCAUCUCCAUCCAAAAAAUAGACUCUAUUCUUAUAUUUAGAAAAUUUAAUAUUGAAAUUUCGAAUCAUCUUGCAGGUAACAAAAUACUUAUGAUCAAUUGCAGAUACGGCAAAAGUCAAGCGACCAGAGUUGUGUUUCUUUCCUCUAAUACUGAAUGGAAACUAAAAUUUACAGUUUACCCAAAAACUUUGAUAUGGUGCAACUUAUGGAAGGGACCUGAUUAUGUGCAACAUGUAAAGUUUAACGCAUUUAUUGGGAAAGAAAGUUUUAUACAUAAUAUAUGUGGGGGUAGGAAGCCUAACAUAUGUUUCUGGAAAGCGCAAGAAGAUGGAAUAUAUGUACGAAAAAAUGCAGCUGGAACUUUUAAGUUUAUGUAUAAAUGGGAUAGAGUAUGACAUAGAUAUUACUUUAAUUUUAUCUUUCUUUUUAAAACUAAAAAAAAUAGUAUUGCUCUUUUAAAAAAAAUACGCAAUAAUAUGGAUUUGACCCCUACUAGACUAUUUUCUAAACCCCGAAGUUACAAAUUGUGGUCUAUUGAAAUAAUAAAACAACAGUUUAUACAAAUACAAUAAAUUAUUUUAAACAAAUUAUAUCAUAUUUUCUGUGUAACAUAUUUUUCAAUUGCUAAUAUAUUAAUGGUUAAGAACUCAACUCUCUAUUAUUAUUACUAAAGUUGAGAGAUAUUAUAUACAUGAAUUAUAAUGAAAAUUUCUUCCCAUAUAAGAUAUCAUAUACAAAUUACUCAAUCAUUAUUUAGAGACAAUUUUGUCCAAAUAAAAUUUAGUGAGGUUAAUUAAACUUCAUUGCUUUGUGUUCAAUCACAUUUGCCUUUCAAAAAUUCUUAAUUUCGCUACAAACUUGUUGGAGAAGGACAAAUAACCCGAGUUAAACCAAAAUGUAUCAAAUAAACCGUAAAACCUGAGAAAUUGGUCCACGCCCCAAUAAUCCGAUGAGCUUGGCAAUGACCUAUACGAAGAAGAUAAGUACAAAGUGCAACGUAAAUCAUGGAAAUGAGAAGGGCAUGUACUUAGGCCAAUUACGAACCCAAUCGGAUGAAUUUGGACCCAUGUUGAUUUUUUCCUUAAUGGAGUUCUCUUAUUUCUCAGUAGCAAUAGACUCGGCUCUAAUUUAUCGCAACCAUGGUCCAUUUUUAAACCAUAUAUAUGAAGAAUAUGAAGCAUAUGAAGAAUAUGAAGCAUAUUCAGUAACUACUGCCAUUUUUUAAAGCAUAUGAAGAAUUAUAUUACAGGACCUUUUUCGAAGACUCCGAUCGGAAGUGGUGAGGUCAAAUCUAAUACUUGAUAUAAGAAGGUUUGAAGAGGAUUAAUUAGACCUGUUGGUGGAAGGUGGUUAGAGCUCCCCACCAUAGACGUGGACCAUUGGGUAUCCAUCAUCCAUGUUGAAGGGAGAGAAAUAUUACCUGCCAAUCUUGAAAGAAACUCCAAGUA